AUGAAGAUCUUAAAUUGUAAUGAUGUUAAAUUGACUAUGGAUGAUAAUAUAAAUGAAAUAAUUUCUGUUUCACAAUAUAAUGUUAAAUUAUUAAUUGAAAAAGAAUUUCUUAAACAUAGUAAAUAUAUGCUUCCUCAAUUGAAAGACUUUAAUUGGUAUAUUGAUAUGAAAUUAUUACCAGGCGCCAAUGGUCAACGUAUUCAGCAACCAUCAUGUGUUCUUUCUUUAGAUAUGAAUGAUCCAACAAAAUCCGAUGGGGAAAAUGAAAAAUCUGUUCAAAUUGAAUUAUCAAAAGAAACACUUAACCUUGUCUUGGAUAAUUUUACGCGAAUUCGUGAACAACUUAAUACAUUAGCCAAACGAGAAUAA